CGCGAACAAGCUUUUGCAAAUCUUAGGUUUAAUGCAUAAUGUACGGCGCCCUUAACCACCAAAAAAUAAACAUAUUCCAAGAUAUCCCUGUUAAUCCUGUUAUGAUGAGUCUCCAAUUUAACAUUUUCACUUUAAACUGCUGGGGCUUAUUUGCUGUUUCAAAGAACAGAAAGGUUCGAAUGCAAGCUAUUGCUGAGUACUUAGCCAUCAAUCAAUAUGAUGUAGUUUGUCUUCAGGAAGUGUGGAUAGACAGAGACUUUUUUUUGAUAAAGGAUAGAGUUAGUGGUGUUCUACCAUAUUCACAUUAUUUUUACAGUGGAGUAUCUGGCUCUGGGGUAUGCAUUUUCUCAAAACAUCCUAUUGAGGAAGCCUUUUUUCAUCAAUGGUCGCUAAAUGGAUAUAUCCAUAAAUUACAUCAUGGAGACUGGUUUGGAGGCAAAGGAGUUGGUCUAUGUAGAUUAGUAGUGAAUAGUUUUGUUAUAAACAUUUACUCUACCCAUUUACAUGCUGAAUAUGAUAGAAAUAGUGAUGAAUACGAAGCUCACCGAAUCUUACAAGCAUAUGAUACAGCUCAAUUUAUUUUGCUCACUUCUCAAAAUGCCGACUUAGUUGUAUUAGCUGGUGACCUGAAUACUGAACCAGGAGACCUUGCUUACAGAGUGAUACUUACCAUUCCUGGUUUACUGGACGCCUUCGAAGCAGAUAAAGUACAAAGUGACCACAUCGCUACCUAUCAGAACCAACGCAAUAGCUACACUCCUGCCAAUGUCAUCAACGACCAACUUCCCGGUCAACGUAUCGACUACAUAAUGUUCCACCCUGGCUCAAAGUUACGAGUCGAUUUGAAAAAGUACCGACUACCCUUGCCGGAAAGAGUUCCCGGUCAAUCCUACAGCUAUUCGGAUCACGAGGGUCUCGCUGUAACCUUGGAAAUCAGUGAGAAAUCAGCCGAGCCCGUUUGUAGAGACCCCAAAGAGGGCAAAACUGUUUUAAAGGAUAUGGUUACUGUUCUGGACCGGGCUUUGGACAGUCUGGGCACCCACCAAGUUAUUUACCUCUCUUUUGCUUUUAUAUUGUGUGUUGGGUUGGUGCUUUCUUUGGCUUUCGAGCCACCGGCAGGAUUUUUUAUACUUAUUAACAUUAUCAGGGCAGUUAUCGUUGUUUUGCUUACUUAUUGCUUUGUGAUGGCGACUAUUUGGAAUAGGAUUGAGAGACAUGCCGUUCUGGCAGGGAAAUUGGCAAUCGAAACGUCUUUGAGAAAAAAAUGUUUUUCAUAACCAUAGUUGAAUUAGUGCGGGGUUAUACAGGACACAAAAUAAAAUAAAAAUUACUUUGAAUCAAUUUGUAGAAUAAGAAUGAUGAAUACCAAUUUAUACAGAUGAAUGGAAUUGAAUUGGUAAUAGAAGUCGACCAAUCACACCAUUGAAACAUGCUUCCUUGGCAAUGUCUUUUACGUCAGUUGUCAACCUGUCAUUUCCAUCUUCAAACGAGAUGAAAUAAGAAGUCAAAAGUUAGCGAGCUCCUGUUUCUUGUUUUAUCUUAUUUCAUGUAUAAACGUUUCCAUUGUUAUACGUACAUUGAACUUUCUCAUUUUAUUCCUCAUAUUAUCUUAUUCCCUGUAUAAACCCAGUCUUCUUGUGAUUAUCAUAAUUUGAUUUUCUCACAUGAUACUUUGAAGUAUGAUCACCGAAGUGAUAAUAAACAGGGUUAUUCAGUUUGAUAUUGGCGUUAUUGAAGUGAGUUCAGCUUUAUUCUACUAAACAUAUAUAAAUCUUGAUAGGUACCUACCACAGAACUCUUAACCUUUAUAUCUUUCGACUAGAUUGCCUAUCCAAUAUGGCGGACGA